AUGUAUCCUGGUGUCGUCGGCGCCGAGAUGUAUCCUAGUGUCAUAGGCGUCGGGAUGUAUCCUGGUGUCGUCGGCGCCGAGAUGUAUCCUGAUGUCGUCGGCGCCGGGAUGUAUCCUGAUGUCGUCGGCGCCGGGAUGUAUCCUGGUGUCGUCGGCACCGGGAUGUAUCCUGGUGUCGUCAGCGUCGGGAUGUAUCCUGGUGUCGUCGCCGCCGGGAUGUAUCGUGGCGUCGGAAAGUAUCCUGGUGCCGUCGGCGUCGGAAAGUAUCCUGGUGUCAUCGGUGCCGGGAUAUAUCUCGAAGAUGAAGGGAUGCCCGGAUGGGCAUUAGGAGCGGCGUAUUUCCAUCUCCGUCGCUCCUUCGUCACCGCCCUCCGCACCGCUUGA